AUGUUGCGCAUGCUUAUGUUUGGCAAGCCCGGAGCGGGCAAGGGUACUCUAAGUGGACGUCUUGUCAAGAAAUACGAUAUUGUCUCGCUUUCCACUGGGGAUCUGUUGAGGAUGCAUAUAAAUGAUAGAACCGAAGUCGGACGAAUGGCCGAGGAGAUUGUUGCUCAGGGGGGAUUGGUCCCAGACGAACUCAUGCUACAGGUCGUUACCAGUAAAUUAGACCGUCUGCACAACAAGCACUGGAUUCUGGAUGGAUUUCCUCGUACAUUCGCGCAAGGAGAGCUCCUAAACACGCAUCUCAAUAAGCAAAACACACCGUUAAGCUUGGUCGUGAAUCUUGAUGUUCCGGACGACAUCAUCCUCAGCCGUAUCUCGGAUCGCUGGGUGCACCUACCUUCCGGUCGUGUGUAUAAUCUCUCCUACAAUCCACCCAAAGUCGAAGGAUUCGACGAUGAGACUGGCGAACCCCUCACCAAAAGACCUGAUGAUAAUCCCGAAAUCUUUGCUCGCCGACUCGAAAAGUUUUACUCGACAACUUCACCUCUACUAGAUUUUUACGCUCGUCUAUCUCAGGCCCACGUUUCAACACCUCCGCAUCUAUCCGGAACUACAUCCGAUGAAAUUUGGCCUGAGCUGGAAAGGGUACUGAAAGAUACUUUUCCUGGGUUGAAAGAGAGGGCAGAGAGUGCUGAUGCACGGAGAAGGCAUAGUCUAAGUGAUGCUAUUGCUUCAGCCUCGAUGAACGCCACUAUAUCAAAAUAG